CGGCAGCAAAAUUUCGCCAACACGAUCUACGCGCGUUUGGCACCUUGGUGAAUCCAGUUAUGCGAAGGAAAGAAUUAGGGCUCAUUAGGGCAAUUAGGACUAACGUGCCUUAGCCGGAGGUGGCAAAACAAGCAAGAUGUUUUGCAUUGGCAGCCGGUAGCUGCGGACGACUCGAGCCCGUUCGCCGCCGUUUCGCUGACUUGGCGGCUCACAGGAUCCCAUUUCAUGACGUUCCAUGUCUCCCACCGAUCCAGCGCGGCCUUGUGGAAGGUUUCACGCCUGCUUGGAGGCUGCAGCAGCGUGUUAACGAGCUGGACGUCUAGCUACUGUGGCCAAGAGAUACCGUGUACGCCUUCGAGAAUACGUGGCUUCGACCAAUGAUACACGCGCGCAUUUCUCAGUAGCCGGAAGACAAGCACAGCUACAAGACAUGCAAAGCAGCAGCUGCGAAAAUGCAUGCAACUCGACUGACCGAAGAGGAAUAUCUACGGGGCUGCAGAAGUUUCGGUUAACGUCCGUUAGGGCCAUCAGACUUGUUGCCAAGACGGUUGAGUUGCUGCAGGAGCAACGGCUAUGUCGCGAGCAGUCUGCAGAAGCAAGCGCGUUUUCCGUGGCGCCUGCUGGUGCAGGCGCCGUCGUCAUGGCGGCCGGUCAAGCAGGUCCUGAAGCCUCGACCGGAUCUGCAACGAGCGACGCCGAACUACAGCGGCGACGUUUCUUCAGACAGCGGCCGCUUAUCGUGGGCUGUGGUCAACACAGUGUGUCUGCAGAAGUGUUUGGCAGGCUGCACGUGCUACGCGUCGCUAAUGGGGAGCCCAUCCUGAGUGUGGAUGGGUCGAGCCACCCUGAGGGGCCUAUGAGUGAGGCUGAGGUGAAGCCCUGCUCUCCGCAAGGGGGUGACGCCAACCACAACCACCCCACCACUCUCAACUUUGCUGCCGCCACAACCAACGGGAACAGCACUGGCAGCCUUUCACCACAAGCACUCCCUGGCCAGCCCUCAGUGACCAGUGCAACACCAGUAGACGCACCCACCCCAGUUGCAUCCACACCUGUUAGCAAGGCUGACAUGGAGCUGCUUGCACGUCUUGAAGAGCAGAAUAGGCUCUUGGAAUCAGACUCCAAGUCUUUGAACUCACUGACUUCAACACACUCCAGAAAGUCUUCAGACACCAGCCAGGUGUCAGUGGCAUCAGGUGCAAGCCAGCAGAGUGCUGCCAUGGAUGAUGACUCAGAAGAUACCUGGGUACUGUGGGGAAGGAUGGUAAAUGAGUGGGACACCUACAUCAAGAAGAAGAAUGCCUAUGUCAAGGAACAAGUUCGCAAGGGUAUCCCACAGCACUUCCGGGCCAUUGCAUGGCAGCUUUUGUGCAAUGCGCCCACAUGUGCAGCCCGUGAGCAGUACGCAGAGUACCUCAAGGCAAGCUCACCUUGUGAGAAGGUGAUCCGCCGUGACAUUGCGCGUACCUACCCUGAGCAUGAGUUCUUCCGUGACAAAGAUGGUCCUGGUCAAGAGGGCCUUUUCAACGUCAUGAAGGCUUACUCACUGCAUGAUCGAGAGGUUGGCUACUGUCAGGGUAGUGCCUUCAUCGUUGGCCUAUUGCUUCUACAGAUGCCUGAGGAAGAGACAUUCACAGUGCUGGUGCGAAUGAUGCAAGACUAUCGUCUGCGGGAAAUAUACAAGCCAAGCAUGGCUGAACUGGGACUGUGCAUGUACCAGCUGGAGUGCCUUGUACAGGAGCUGGUGCCAGAGAUUCACAUGCACUUCCAAGCUCAGAGCUUCCACACAUCUAUGUAUGCCUCAUCAUGGUUUCUCACUCUGUUCACUUCCUGCUUGCCGCACACCCUAGCAUGCCGUGUCAUGGACCUUUUUCUCUCUGAGGGAAUGGAGAUGAUAUUCAGGAUAGCCAUAGCUAUUCUCCAAUUUUGCAAGGAAGACAUACUGCAGCUGGACAUGGAAGGCAUGCUAAGGUACUUCCAAAAGGAAAUGCCAAGCAAGUGUGAAACAGAUCCAGAUUAUCUUAUAAACCUGGCUCUGCAAGUGAAGUACAACAGCAAGAAAAUAAAAAAGCUAGAAAAAGAGUACACAGCACUUAAGGUUAAAGAACAUGAAGAAAUGAUUGAGCUGAGGAGGCUUCGUACAGAGAACAGGCUUCUAAGACAAAGGAUAGAACACCUUGAGCAGGAGAGCUCUGCACUGGCUGACCGUCUGAUCCAAGGUCAGGUGGUGCGGGCUCAGGAAGCAGAAGACAACUACAUCAUCAAGCGGGAACUUGCUGCACUUCGCCAGCAAGAGCUCACUGUACAGCAGGAGCUGCAGAAAGCGAACAACCAAAUCAAGGAGCUGCACCAGGCGCAGACGCAGCCAUCAUCACUGGACAGCCAGACAGAGGAUCUCCUCAAGUCACUGCAAGAUGAACUGGUGGCUGUAAAGCUGCGUGAAGCCGAAGGCCAAGAGACUAUGCGUGGCCUUCGCCAGAGGAUACAUGAGCUUGAAGAGGAAAAUAAGCGGCUAAGGGAAGCAACACCAGAUGAUAGCGUGGCAAAUCUACAGGAAGAACUGAUAGCAGUGAAAUUGCGUGAAGCUGAAGCUAAUUUGUCCAUGAAAGAACUUCGACAAAAAGUGGCUGACUUGCAAGCUGCCUGGGAGAAGCAUCGCUCUGAGAACCCCCAUCAGUUGGACAACCAGUCAACGCCAUCACGAUGGAGUGGAAAUAAGUCACAGGUGAACCAGCUUCAGGAAGAACUGAUGACUGCUCGGCUCAAGGAAGCUGAUGCCACUGCUGAACUGCGAGAACUGCGUCAAAGAGUCAUGGAGCUGGAAACUCAAAACCAGGUCAGCCUGAACCAAAUCCGCCGUCAAGCAGAUGAAAUUGUUAAGUAUCAGCAAAUGUCUGACAAGGUUUCAGAGAAGGAACGUGAGUUGCACUCUCUUGUCCAGGAUGAGGCACGCAAAAUCACAAACUUGGAAUCACAGAUGAAGGAAGAGAGGAUGAACGCUCGGAUUCGGGAAGUGGAACACACCCAAAUCAUUGCCGAGAUGAAGCAGAAAAUUUCUUCUCUUGAGAUCAAGAAUCAAGAGCUGCUUACGGCUGGUCAACUUAGGGGCAGCACUGAGUCUGAAGAAGUGAAAGAGCUCCAGGAUAAGGUGUCGGACUUGAAGGCUGAGGUUAUGCAGCUGCAGAUAAUGAACAAGCGCUUGAGCUCUGCGCUAGCAGUGGCUCGACUGCGGCAACCAGAUGCACAGAAGGCUGGAGCAGCAGUGGCAACAGCAGCGUCUGGUCCACUGAGCAGUUCGCCGCCACUUACUCUGGUGGGAGGGCUUAGCCGCAGCACAAACCUCAUGGAAGAUAGCGUUACCGAGCAGCUGCUUCAGCUUGGACUCGAACUCUCGGUCAGCCAGCACCCAGCCAAGCAGCCCAAGCUUGCCAAUGGGGAGCUCUAGUGUUACCAAGUUUAUCUGUCUGUUUCACCCUGAGGUCAGGGGUCACUUGUGAUAUACGUAAUGGAGCUUGGGAGCUUAUUGUUGAUUGCUUGGGAUGAUAUCAUGUACUGAGAGUGAUCUGUUUGCUGCUGAAGGCCUGUCUUGACUUUGCUUGUGAAGGAGAGGUUUUUAUUCACUGUAUCUUGUGUUCUAUGCCAGUGAAUGCUUUAACAGAUUAAGAGUAAGACUUGCUCGGAGUCCUGUUGCCCAUUUAAAUGUGACAGAGCAAAUGGGGGCACAGCGGAGAUAAGUACUCAUUGUUAUAGACUGCUUCAGCAUUGGAAAUCAAAUAAUGUGAUUUCUGAAGGUCUGUCCUGAUGCUGCUCAACACGAGAGUGUAAAGAUGUCUGUUUAGUACAUGCAUGAUGUUAUGAUAUAUUCUUGCACCAAAUUUAGUGACAGAGGUAACAGCUAAAGAAUUUUUAAUCAACCACUGUGAAUGAAGGGCAGACUGCUGAUUUGUUGGGUAGCAGAGAAGUUCUGACGAAUGUGUCGUGUUUUGUCAUGGCUUAGCAUGUGAACAGUCACAUGCGAACAGUGCUGCCAGCUUGUGAUUUGUUCACUGAGGUUUUGAACUCAUCAAGAGGGAGCCCCAGGGUCUAGUGAUGCUGCCAUGCUUUACCUUAAUAAAUGAUGCCACAUUGCUUCAUUUUUAUUAGUUGGGACUCCAUUUAAACAUGCUUGUUGGGUUUCAAGCAAAGCUGUUUAUUGCAACCAAUAGCUAUGAAGUUGAACUAAAUAUUUCUAUUUUUGUUGUAAAUCUGUAUCUAUCAUCGCACCUAUAAACUAUAGGUACAUUUUUUUUUACAGGUGAAAUGUAAAAGUACAUUUGGAUUAUUUUGGUUUGGAAUGUAAUGGCUAAUGCAUUUUGCUUUUGUGUAGUAAAAGUAGGCAUUAUUAGUCUUAUUUGACUGAUGAUUUUUAUUAAAGUGUGAAAGCCUCUUUUUUUCUUUACAGAAAGUUCUAUUAGCAGAUAUGCUGUAAUGUUGCUCAUUCCAUUGACAUAAAGCCUGUAGCAUUCUCUUUGACUAUGCAUGGACUUACAGAAAGCUUAACUUCCUAUAUCCAGGGAAAACACAGGGAAUGCGGGAGAUGGAAAUUCAAGACAAUGAGCAAGACGAGUACAAGAUGAAAGCAGGAGCCAACAUUUCGACAAGUGGACUUGUCACAAAAACCUUGAAAAAGACAAGUCCACUUGUCGAAACGUUGGCUCCUACUUUCAUCUUGUUCUCGUUUUGCUCAUUAACUUCCUAUCUGCAGCUUAUUCUUUACCAUGCUGACAAGCCCUUUGCUCAUUUACAGAGACCAUGUAUGAGUAUAGUGUAGACAGAAGCAGUAGUUACGGGCAUACAAUCAUGUUUUUCAUAGCUCUCAUUCCUGAUGUGAUGCCUGCUUAAGUGGCACGCUGUUGCGCCAUUGGACAUGGAGAGCCAUUGUUUGUGGAAAAAUGGCCACUUGCCAGAGGGCUUGCACUACGUUUUUCUUUUGCACUGCUGACAAUGUAGUAGUGGAGUGUUCUUUUACUGGGGGAUAUGUGGCUUUAUAUAAUGCCUCCUGGCCAUUAUUUGGUAAUGCUUGCAAUGCUACAAGUUCAUAUAAUGUACCAGCCUAGAAUGGGGGGGGGGGCACAAGAGCUUGAGAUUCUUGUGCAGUGUCAGGCGUUUGCAUGUACAGUGCUCACGGAAUGAAACGCAUCAAUUUAGGGCUAACUAAUGCCCAUACUUUCGUGUCCACCGGCUGCAGUUCGUGUCACAUCGACGUAACUUUGGUGCGUACACUUAGAGCGGAGUCCGAGUCACCUUUGGUGACCAGAUUCAUAGCGACAUGACAUGGUACUCUCGAGUUCUCUGCACAUAUGCUGGGUUCUACCAAAUACUCGCUGUCGCGUUUCAUUCCGUGAGCACUGUACAGCUGGAGUAACACAUUGUUGUAGACAGUGCAGGAGAUAAUUCCUUUAACACACUGUCCAUUGUGGCAGUUGGAAUGGAACCAAUGGAGAAGCAGGAGCAGUGAGUUUGUAAGCAGUAUCUGUCAAAUUUUUUUUUAGUGUACAAGAAAUUCUUAGCUGGCAGGUAUGAAUAUGUUGUCUUCGACGCACCCAUGCUAGCUAUCCUUUGUGACAAGGUAAACAAUGCCCACCUUCCCAGUAGGCCAGUGUGUUUGAGACAUACCCUUGCACUCUUUGCAGCCGUGUGGCUCUUCUGCCAGAAAACAUGUCUGACGAUGGAUGAAGCAUAAGCCUACGCGUGCGUGUUCUCCUCUAGCAUGAUACUGCAUGUUAGCUUCCUUUUAUAUGGACAGCAAUUAGUGCUCUUGCUCUGCAUAUCUAGUUAAAGUGAUUGUAUAAUGUGGUAGGUAAUGUAAUGCUUAUAUGUUGUGUUUUUGAUAACCUUGUUUAUGGAAAUCGUAGCUAGCUAAUAAUGUUCAUUGCCAAUUACAUCACAAACUUUCAUUUAACAGAAUAAACUUGAACAUGUAUACAUUGCUCAAUCGACACUAAGGAUAAAGUGAUUUUGCCACUAAAUGCAUAUAGCUAAAAUGAGCUACUUGCAUUAUUGACUUCAUUAUGAUUUAUAUGUUGGUGUAAAAUUACAGUGAGUAUUGGCAGCACUGGUAAGGCUAUGAUUUCUAUUAGCAUUGUAAAUUUCAAGUGCGUUGCAGUUGCCUUACGGGCUGUGUGUAGCUUUGCGGUCAUGCGCAACACUUCAGCUGUCUUGAAGCCAUUCACAGAAAUGCAUUCAAUAUGUUGGGCAAGUGGCACAAGUUUAUGGCUUCAGAUGCAAGAAUUUGCAUUUCUUGUCAUCCUUGCACUAAACAGGUUACAUGCUUUAUCUUUGUGUGUCAGUGACUGUGUUAGCAGCACUGUAAAGAUCUUGUAAAGACCUCUGAGAAUUUUGGUGCUAGGAAUAUCAUCAACUGCAUAAUCGGGGGUUCAUGGUCUCCUGAGCUGUUGUAUGUUCAUGGAUGGGCCAUUCUUCUGUCAAAAGCACCAUUAAACUGUUCAAGCUCAUUCAGCACAGGCUUUAAUGAAAGACCUCUGGACACUUUAACUGUGGUACUCGGCUUUUACUCACGUCCCAUCCCAGCUGUGCCAGAGGUAUGUUUCGAGUGCUUCAUGCAUAUCUUUUUGUACUUGAAAGGAUUGUCAUCUCAAUACCACCCAAGCACGUAAAAUAAUGACUUUUUACACUUACUGGCCACAUACAAAUGUAAGCUGUCGCAACAUGGAAUUGAGUAGUGACCAAAGAAUUUUGGUUAAGUGCUACCAUCUGGGACGUUGUUGUUAGUGCAAAAAAAGAAAGAUCAUUUUGACCUGGUACACCAAGUGGAUCUGUUGCUUCCCUCCAUAUGUGCUUCUGCCUGUUUUGGUGGAAUUGUGUUGGUGGAAUGCCUUGUAAAGUGCAAGUUUAGCAAGCAAAGUGUGAAUUCUGGAGUAAUGUUUCAGUGUUUAGUAUGUAGGAGCACAGUUCUAGUGAAAUACCAGAUGCUGAGGGCCCUCAAUAUAUCUUCUUUUUCUAGAAACAUUGCUUAGGCAUUGUAGAAACCUGCUUUAGGCAUUGUGGUAGUAGCUUAGACACUGUACUGAACUUGGCUUCAAAGCUGAGGCAGGGCUUUUACAGGAAACUAGGUUUCUGUGGCUAUAUAUGUAAAAAAAAAGAGUGCAUGGACUUGCACCACUUCCUGCCCUUUGUUUUCCCAUCAGUGCUGUUUUAUAAGCAAUAGAAGUGCAGCAGUACAUUAAGCACGCUUUUGGGUUUUCUGUAAAUGUCGUCCUCCAUGGAAACUGAGGCACCUGCUCGUUUGUCCAUUACGUUUUGGUGAUGUGAUGCAUGACUGGCUGCUGUAGUUCUUCGUGUGCAGCAUUUUUAUGUUUCUUUUAUUAAACAAAACAUGAAUUCGCUUCCCAUAUAGCCAUGUUGACAUCUGUGAACUGUUUGUUUCCAAGCAUGUGUUUUGCAUGUUGGGUAAAGUAUGACAUCUUGAGAUGCAGCCUAUGUUUAGGUAAUAAUUUAGGAAUAUUUCAUUUAGUUAAGGUGCUUUUCAUAUUUGUAAAAUUUUAUUUGUUAAACUAACCACAGAUGCGACUUGAUGUAUCAACUUUGAGCUGUAUAGCUUGAUUUCAAUCACAAAUGCAGAGCUAUUUCUAAUGGCUUUUUAUAUGUGAGCAAGACCUCAUUUCUUGAAUUUUUUAGCAGGCCAUCAUGCCACAAGGUUUUGGUCCAGUUCAUCUGCAGUGUGCAAAUGUGUGAAAGGUACGAGCUUAACUGUUACACACUUAGCACAAUCAAAGUCUGACAAUGAUGUAUGACAAAUAGGAUGUAUUACUUUGCGCAGAUACCACUUUGGAGCACAAAAAUGUCCCAGUGCUGACUAAAUGUUGCAAACUAUGAGGCUGUAAAAGUGUGGUUGAAUUAUAUGACGCAUGAAUCAUAUUUUGAUUUUGAGGCUCAGCUCCUUCACUAAAUCGUAACUCAAGUUUUGUUUUGAAAAAGAUACUCUCUGAGGUCAGUUUUUUACAGAAAGCCUUUUGUGAUAUCAGGAAAUACAUACUUAAUGUUUUUGUACAUGUUGUAAGAUAAAUGUAAAUCAAGCAGAUUUCACUACUUUAUUCAAAUUGUGCACUUAUGCGCUUAUUUUAUGAACACAGCAACACUCGUGCAUCCAUUGAUGGAGCAUACCUUUUUGCAAGACAGGCAAUAUUUCUUGUAAAUAACUUUGUGGGCUCUUUAUUAUUAUUUUCUCUGUCACCUGAAAUGUUAAGGUAUUAAAGUAGACUACUUAAUACACAUAAUGUACAAUAAAUGUGCUGCUUUUGCAACAGUUAUACACUCAUUUUAAAUUGUGGUAAGAAUGAUGUAUUGUAGAUUUUCAUGCUUGCUGUGUAUUAGCAUGCUAUAUAUACUUGCAUUCAAAAUGGACAGGUAUGCAUUCUUCAAAUGUUUUAAAUUUCGAUCUUUUGUAGCUUCUGUAAUAAACGUAAAGUUAUUCGGUACAGGUUAUUGCAACGAUUGCAUAUACUGAUCUGUGGUAACAUUUGUUUGUAUAUUUUUGUAAAUAAAGAGACAUUUAUGAUAGUUAUUAUUUAUUCUAUAUUUUGUAGGGUGCUUUAAGGGGCUAGGUCUUGCAGUGUGCUGCAUCUUUUGUGAUCUUAUUUCAAAGUGAAACAUUGCAACAUAAUGAUUAAGUGAGGUGUACGGUGCUGUCCUGCAGUGUGAAUGAGGGAAUGUGAUGCUGAUAUACUCUUGGGAAUGACUGGCACAUGAUUGUUUCAGGCUCUGGCACUAUACAAGUUGCACAUAUUACAGUAUGCUUCCUAGUAUGUCUAGUAUUCGAGUUUGGGAGGCACUUGAUGCAAAAGACCUCUUCUUUUAUGUACAAGUUGAUGUUGCAUUCCCCUCAAUUGUACGUAGAAUUAAGUAGAAAGUAAUAGUGUGCUGGUGACAACCCCAUCUUCCUCCUCCUCAAGGAAAAAAAAAAAUUUGUGCAUGUUGUCAUUUGAUCUUGUUUCCUGCCAUGUUUAGAGUCUCUUUCGUGCCUGUUUACCCUGGCUUCUGUUAAAAAAGAAAAUAAAGCACUGCUGCAAGAAA